GUGGUGAAGAGGGAUGCUGCUCUGAGUCCAGCUAACAGCCAUCAUCUCUAUCCAUUCCCGCGCUGGAGUUUUUGCUUUUUCGUUUCUUUUUUCGUUCUUUUUCUUUCUUUUCUGUCAAAGUUUCAGCUAUGAUUUCGACUCAUUAAUAAUUCAGUGGAUUUACUUUCCCGCGGCUUCUCCCUCGUACGCGGCUACACCUGUGCGCGGUGCCCUCGGUAAGCGCUCUGACUCAGCAUCGCACCUGCCCGCCGCUCACCGUCUCGAGCCACAGCUGGAUCUCAGCUCGGAGACAAUCAGUCCGGGAGCGCACGCUUCAUAUGCAUCCCUUCCGCUGGAACUACUAAGUACAAGAUAUUCAUAUUCCUGCGCAACGGUUUUUUUUUUUUGGAGGAAAAGUGUGCAGUGGGCAAAGAAAAAUCUUAGUUUGGAGAUUGAAAGGAGCGGGGCAUGUGGAUAUUGGCCAUUAUCUUUUUCCAGUGCAUUUUGAAUGUUCUCAGUGAAGACCUACAUUCUAGCUUGUAUUUUGUCAAUGCAUCUCUGCAAGAGGUAGUGUUCGCCAGCACCACGGGGACUCUGGUUCCCUGUCCUGCAGCAGCGGUGCCGCCCGCUACCCUGCGCUGGUAUCUGGCCACUGGCGAGGAGAGCUACAACGUCCCAGGGAUCCGCCAUGUCCAUCCAAACGGCACUCUCCAGAUCUUCCACUUUCCUCCGUCCAGCUUUAGCAAAGUGAUCCACGACAACACUUACUAUUGCACAGCGGAAAAUCCUUCAGGGAAAAUUAGAAGCCAAGAUGUUCAUAUUAAGGCCGUCUUACGAGAGCCCUAUACGGUCCGUGUGGCGGACCAGACCGCGAUGAGAGGCAGCGUAGCGGUCUUCAAGUGCAUUAUUCCUUCCUCAGUGGAGAACUACAUCACUGUUGUGUCAUGGGAGAGAGACACUUUACCAAUCAUCUCAGGGGCUCGAUUUCUCAUAACGUCCACGGGGGCCCUGUACAUCUUGGAUGUGCAGAAGGAGGACGAAUUAUUCAACUACCGCUGCAUGACGAGACAUCGCUACACAUCUGAGACCAGACAGAGCAACAGCGCACGGCUAUUUGUGCCAGAUCCUACAAACUCGGCGCCUGCGAUCCUCGAUGGGUUCGAGAAGCGGGAGGUCAUGGCAUCCCACAGAGUGGAGCUCCCGUGCAAGGCCUCCGGACACCCCGCACCAAAAUACCGCUGGCUGAAAAACAACAGACCGCUAGAAUCAGACUCCCGUUUCCAUCAGAGCGUAACGGGCCUGCUGAUCGAGAGAGCCCAGCCCAGUGACACCGGCAGCUAUGUGUGUGAAGUGUGGAACAGCUAUGGAAACACAGAGGUCAUAGGUCGUCUCACGGUAAAAGAACCUCUUAAAGUGGUGGUCAGUCCUCGAAAGGUGAAGGGCAGUGUGGGAAGCCAAGUGUCGCUAACCUGCAGCAUUACUGGCUCGGAUGAGUACGAGCUCUCGUGGUACCGCAACGGCGACAAGAUCAGCGCUGGCGCCAACGUGCGGAUGAAUGGGAUCAAUAAGGAGAACCUUGUGAUGGACGGGAUGGCGAAGAGCGAUGGAGGAGUGUACCAGUGCUUCGCCAGGAAGGCCAAAAUGUCAGCUCAGGAUUUUGUGCAAGUCGUUUUAGAAGAUGGAACCCCUAAGAUCUUGUCCGCCUUCAGCGAGAAAGUUGUCGGUCCGAAUGAGUUUGUCUCUCUGACGUGUCACGUCAAGGGAACUCCACAGCCUGCCGUCACCUGGAUGCUGGAUGAUGACGUUGUCAUGAAGGACAGUCGGCGCCGCAUCGGUCACAGCAUAACAGCGGAGGGGAACGUGGUCAGUUACCUGAACAUCUCCCACUCCCAGGUCCGGGACAGCGGGGUCUAUCGCUGCACCUGCAACAACUCGGCGGGGACGGUCUCCUACCAGGCUCGAAUAAACGUAAGAGGUCCUGCUGACAUACGACCAAUGAAAAACCUCACAGCUAUAGCUGGGCGGGACAUGUACAUUCACUGUCAUGUGAUUGGCUACCCAUAUUACUCCAUCAAAUGGUACAAGAACUCCAACCUUCUCCCUUUUAAUGAUCGUCAACGGGCGUUUGAGAACAACGGGACGCUGAAGCUGCUGAACGUGCAGAAAGAACUGGACGAAGGAGAGUACAGCUGCCAUGUGUUGGUUCAGCCCCAGCUCUUCAAGAACCAGAGCGUCCACGUCACUGUGAAAGUGCCUCCCUUCAUCCAACCAUUCGAAUUUCCACGUUAUUCCAUCGGCCAUCGCGUCUUCGUGCCCUGUGUUGUGCGCUCAGGUGACCUUCCCAUCUCUAUCACCUGGGAGAAGGAUGGAAAGCCCAUUAACGACAGCCUGGGGGUGACCAUCGAUAACAUCGACUUCACCAGCUCCUUGCGGAUCUCCAACCUCCAGCGAAUGCACAACGGCACCUACACCUGCAUUGCCCAAAACGAUGCUGCCGUCGUCAAAUACCAGAGUCAGCUCAUUGUUAGAGUUCCACCAAGGUUUAAAGUGCAGCCUCAAGACCAGGAUGGAAUCUACGGUAAAUCUGUCAUCUUGAACUGCUCUGCAGAUGGAGAGCCGCGGCCAGCUAUUGAGUGGAAGUACUCCAAAGGUGCUGGGGUGCCCCAGUUUCAACCCAUCGCGCUAAACUCGGGCUUCAGGGUCCAGCUGCUCGGGAACGGCUCACUGCUGAUUAAGCACGUUCUUGAGGAGGACGCAGGUUAUUACCUGUGCAAGGUCAGCAAUGACGUGGGAGCCGAUGUCAGCAAGUCCAUGUACCUCAACGUGAAAAUUCCAGCCAUGAUAACAUCAUAUCCCAACAACUCACUGGCAACGAAAGGAGAGAAGAUAGAGAUGAGCUGCAAGACGCAUGGUGAGAAGCCCAUCAUGGUUAGAUGGGAGAAGGAGGUGGAAAAGGAAAAGCAGUCACACAUGAUCAAUCCAGACAUGUGGCGGCACACGGUAAUGGUCAAGAACGUCGGCGACGAGGUCGUCUCCACCCUGCAGGCACCGCUGAAACAUCUCCAGAAUGGCGUGAUCAGGGGGUAUCAGGUGUGCCAUCGAGAGCACUCCAUAAACGGCAGUCACCAGUUCGUCUGCAUCAGCAUGGAGGCCACGGGUGAGACAGAGUCCCUGAGCCUCAACAACCUGAAGAAGUUCACAGAGUAUGAGGUGGUGGUGCAGGCCAGUAACAGUGCCGGCCCGGGACCUGCUUCCAGUGAAGUCCGGGCCACAACAAUGGAAGAUGUACCCAGCAGAGCUCCAGAGAAAGUUGUGGCCACCGCUGCUUCCCCUGAAAGCAUCUCUUUGUACUGGCAGACUCCGUCCAGGGAAGCUCUCAACGGCGUUCUACAGGGUUUCCGUAUCAUCUACUGGGCCAAUCUACUAGACGGAGAACUAGGGGAAAUCAGAAACGUCACUACCCAGAAGGCCCAGCUGGAGCUGGAGGGUCUGGAGAAAUACACCAACUACAGUAUCCAGGUGCUGGCCUUCACCAGAGCAGGAGACGGAGUACGCAGCGACCAGAUCUACAUCCGCACCAAAGAGGACGUGCCAGGUCCGCCCGGCGGGGUGAAGGCAGCUGCAGCCUCCAGCUCUGUGGUGUAUGUUUCUUGGCUCCCGCCGCUGAAGCUGAAUGGUGUCAUUAGGAAAUACACAGUCUUCUGUUCCAGCUCGUAUCCCACGGUGGUCAGUGAGUUUGAAGUGGCCCCAGAUGAAUUCCUGUACCGGGUUCACAAUCUCAGUCGCAACAGGAAGUACAGCAUCUGGGUGAUGGCGGUGACUGCGGCCGGCCGGGGGAACAGCAGUGAUGUCAUCACCGUGGAACCUCUGGCAAAAGCUCCUGCCAAAAUCCUCACCUUCAGUGGUACUGUUACAACACCAUGGAUGAGGGAUGUUAUUUUACCCUGCAGGGCGGUCGGAGAUCCACCUCCUGCCAUUAAAUGGCUGAAAGAGAGCGGGAGCCCGGCCCCUGCGGUCAUUGAUGGAAGACGCAGUAUCCAUGGAAAUGGCAGCUUCGUCAUUAAGACUGUGAAAGCAGAGGAUUCUGGGUAUUACACGUGUGUCGCUAGCAAUAACUGGGGAACGGAUGAAAUAAUUCUGAACCUUCAGGUUCAAGUCCCCCCUGACCAACCUCGACUCACUGUGACCAAGACAACCACCACAUCCAUUACUGUGUCCUGGAUACCAGGAGACAACGGUGGGAGCUCCAUUAGAGGAUAUAUUCUGCAAUACUCAGAGGACAACAGUGAGAAGUGGGGAAGUAUUUCCAUUAGUCCUAGCGAGCGUUCCUACCGUCUGGAGAACCUCAACUGUGGCACCUGGUACAAGUUCACGCUAACGGCUCAGAAUGCUGUUGGUCCAGGCCGAAUAAGUGAGAUAAUUGAAGCAAAGACUCAUGGGAAAGAGCCACAGUUCUCCAAAGAGCAGGAGCUGUUUAAUAGCAUUAACGGAACAUGUGUCAAACUCAACCUGAUUGGCUGGAAUGAUGGCGGUUGUCCAAUCACCUCCUUCACUCUGGAAUACCGUCAAUUGGACAGCCCUGUGUGGACCAAAGUGAAGUGCACGUCUCUUACGAAGAGCUUAAACCUCCAGGACCUGCAGGAAGCCACUUGGUACGAAUUGCAGAUGAAGGUGUACAACACCGCAGGGUUGGCUGAGAAGCGUGUCAAAUUUGCUACUUUGAACUACGACGGCAGCACCAUUCCUCCGCUGGUGAAGACGGCGGUGAAGGACCCGGUGAAGAAAACCAGCAACGAGGGGAUGAAGAUGAUGGUGACGAUCUCUUGCAUUUUGGUGGGAAUGGUGCUGCUCUUCGUCCUGCUGAUGGUGCUGAGGAGGAGGAGGAGAGAGCAGAGGCUGAAGCGGCUCAGGGAUGCAAAGAGUUUGGCUGAAAUGCUUAUGAGUAAGAAUACAAGGCCUUCAGAUACCAUGAACAAACAACAGCAGACCCUCCGCAUGCACAUCGACAUUCCCCGAGCGCAGCUGCUCAUCGAAGAGAGAGACACCAUGGAAACAGUGGACGACAGAUCAACAGUGCUACUGACGGAUAACGAUUUCGGAGAAACUGCCAAACAGAAGUCUGCUACCGUUACGCACUCUGUCCACUAUCAGUCUCUAUCGCAGGCCACAGGCCCGCUGGUGGACGUCUCUGACGUCCGACCUGGGACGAGCAAGAGCAGUCUGUCGAAUCCCACUUCUCGCCGUACAGCUAAAGCUGGUCCUGCAGCCCGUAACCGCUAUGCCAGUCAGUGGACGCUGAAUCGUCCCCACCCUCCUGUCUCCGUCCACACUCUAAGCACGGACUGGAGGCUGGGAACACCCAGAGUGGCCGGUUCAGUGGACAAAGAAAGCGACAGCUAUAGUGUCAGUCCAUCACAGGACACAGACCGCGCUCGCAGCAGCAUGGUCUCCACCGAGAGCGCGUCUUCGACGUAUGAGGAGCUGGCCAGAGCCUAUGAACAUGCCAAGAUGGAGGAACAGCUACGACACGCCAAGUUCACCAUCACAGAGUGCUUCAUCUCAGACACAUCCUCCGAGCAGAUGACCGCAGGCACCAACGAUUACACGGAUAGUCUGACCUCCAGUACACCGUCAGAAUCAGGCAUCUGCAGGUUCACUGCCUCACCACCCAAACCCCAGGACGUCUGCAGGGUGAUAAACAUGGCCGUACCCAAGGCCCACAGACCAGGAGGGGAGCUCGUACACCUGCCUCCAUACCUGCGGAUGGACUUCCUUUUGAACCGGGGUGUGUCGGGAGCGUCUCGGGAGGUGGCGAUGGGCCAGGCCUGUUUGGAGCCGCAGAAGACUCGCUCGCUGAAGCGUCCCGCCUUGCUGGAGCCGACGCCCAUGGAGGUGCCGACCAGCAGGGACGUGCAGCAGUGGCAGCCGGGCACAGCCUUGACACUUCCGCAGAGAGAGGCCGGAACGGACUUGGCACAGGCUGCCAAAAUCAGCACCUCCCAGGAAUCACUGCUGGACUCCAGAGGACACGUAAAACAGAGCAACAAUCCCUACACAAAGUCCUACACACUGGUAUAACAAAGAUCGGACAAAAAUAAACCAUCAAGAGCAAAAAGCGAACUCUUCAUGCGCGGUUGUAUAUAUGUUUCCACUUCUACUCCUAACAGUUUCUUUAUUUUAUGCUUUUUUAAACAGUGAAUUCACUUCUUAAAGAGAACUCCACACACCCAGAGAUUGCCAAAAUGAUUUUAUUAUUAUUAAUAUUAAUUAUGAUGACUAUGAUGAUUUACUGAUUCACUUAUUUUAGCAGUUAGUGUGCACCAACUAAUGAAUGGGAAUCCAUUUUAAUUUUUUUUUACUAACAUUUCUUUGUGUAAUUAGUUUGAGAUAAAGCGUGAGAGUGAUUUCCAUUGGUCCAAAGUUGUCACCAUUCUGUUUCGAAGAAAUCCUGGGAGUGCAUGAGGACGAACCAAUUUAAGAUGAAGAUGACAGUAUGAAUAACGACCGCUGGAGGGUCCAGCCCAGAAUUUUUUUUGACUACAAAAAUAUUAAAAUGUGAAGAUUUCGUAUUCUUACGAGUAUAAAUAUAUAAAAAAAUAUAUAUAUAUAAAAUGAGAAAUCACUUUUAUUUGUGGGUAUUACAGGGAAAAUUUUUGAUUUGGUUAAUAAAGUCCUUUAGUCAUGUUUGCACAUAUCUUGUUUAACCUAGAAAAGCCAGUUCUGACUGAUGAUUAUUUGUGUUCCAUCCUCUAAUGUUGCAAUAUGAAAAUCCAUGAACCACGUUUGCUUUCUACUGUACUGUACCUCGCCCAUGACGUGAGCUGAGAGCCAGAGCGAAUAAAAAGACAGAUUCAGGUGUAAAUCAGCUGCAGUGGAAGCAAAGGUUGAUUUAACCUGAUGCAUGGGGGGGGGACCGGACCACCUACUGCACUGACAGUGUGGCUCUUUCACCUCCUAAGUGUAGUGCACUAGAAAGGUGUCUUCAGGGCACGCUCUCUCUUCAUUAGAUUUAUUUUUGCUGCACUACAGGGAAACUAAGACAAUCUAAAGAGAUCCCCUAAAGAAUAACAAUUAUGAUAAUAUUCAUAAAGAACCACGAGCUGUUCUAUAUGAUUAUGGGCUGUAUGGUA